UUUCUCUCUGUCUGGUCACAUAUAUGGGUUCUCUUCAUGAGAAAUCAAGUUUGCUAGACAACAAUUCAGCAAUACAAGAAAUGGAAGAAGGAGAAGGAGAAGAAGGUUACGAGGUGGAGGGAUUUGGGAAUGAUGGGUGUGCGUGUUUUCGAUUCUUCGGCAUAGGAAGGCAGAGGAGUAAUGAACGUGUAUCUCUGUUGCAGUCGCAACAAGGAGAAAACAGAGAGAGUCUGUGGAGGAGAAAACUAAAGGAUUUGAAGGAGAUAACUGAGUUGUUGUGUGGCCCAAAGUGGAAAAACCUCAUUCGCAAGCUCAGCGUCUACGCCAAUGGAGGCAACAAGAGACGGAAUAGGAGGGCCGCCCAGUUUCAAUACGAUCCUCAAAGCUAUGCUCUCAAUUUCGACCAUCGGGAUGACGAUGAAGAUCUCGACGCUUCACGCCUUGGUUUCAGCUCACGCUUCGCUGCUCCGUCUAAGAUCAACACUGGCUCAGUUGGAUUUGGAUUCCCGAGUCGUGACUCGUGA